UAAAUGUGGAAGGAGGCAUGGAUGCAAAAGUCAAGGAACAUUUUAUUCUGGAUGGGAAGGAUGAAGUCUGUAAGAAUGAGGAUAGCAUUACAGAAAUUAGAGUUCAAGAAGAGAAAAAAGGCGAAAUCAAAGUUAAGUGUGUGCCAGAGGAUGAACAGAGUAGUGAUGAGCUUCAGGUUGAUGUAUUGAAGGACUAUCAUGUUUGUGCUGAAGCACCAGAAAAUAUCCCUGCCGGAGAUGUUUGUAUGGUUGAGGUUGCACACACUGGGAAAGGAUUUGUUGAAGAGAAGCAGUCUAAGCAAGAAGCAGGUGAAAGUGAAGGCUUGGAGAAGAGCAUUGACGAAGGGGACUUGACUGAUUGUCCCUCGUUAAUCAAAGACAGGAUAAUUCUUUCAGAUGGCAGUUGAAUGUGAUUUGGAAUUGAACUGGAGGAAGGUUCAAAUUGCCAGCAAUACUGAUGCUUGGCCAGGCAGAGAAUGCCAGAUCUCGUCUGAUGAGUUACCCUGGAGGGCUGGAUAUCGUCGUACCUCCUUUCUUUUACCGCCAGUUGGAACAAGAUUGGAUUUAUGCAAAACUAGUCGACGGGAAGAGAGGUCGAAGGUAAACAUCAGAACGAUGCUAUUGCAGAAGGUGUGGCAUAAAGUAAAGCACUGGCUACUAUUACAACUAAGUAAUUUCUUUUUCAAGUUGGGUGCAAGUCUAGCCCUCUUGUACAUUGGUACCCAGAUUUAUUGGAAACACAAUGUAGAGUUAAAGCCUCUCGAAAGGAAAAAAGGUAGUGUUGAGUUUGUGGUGGAAUUGAUAGGAAAUGUCUCCUUGUACAUGGAUGGAACUGAUAGGGAGCGUCUCCUUGAACAUUGGAAGUGGCAUUUCGCCCGCAAUCUCCUCUUGUUUUUGUUGUGGUGGAAAAUUAACUAGGUAGGUUGUAACGUGGAUUAUUAUUUCAGGUUUUCAGCGUUGGAUGAAUUUGGCCUUUUGCCUGAAAGAGCAGAACUCGGAUAUCAUCAUAAUACACAGCUGAAGAUUAGAAACUGUUGGCGAGAUUACUAAGUUUGAUUGUACCAUUUAUAGCUCUAGGAUAUAAGAGGUGUGCUAGAUUUAGGAUAUUUGUUAAUGGUAGGUUGGCUGCCAGCCUCCUGUUUGAUUUUUUUCAUCCUUAGAGGGCCUCUCUCUUUCAUUAGCAAGGUUUGCUGGCCUUUGGUAUCGUGUGAAAUUUUUAGUGCAGAUUUUUAGGUGUUUCACAGAAGUAAACAGUUGCACCCUGUCCUCUUUUUUUUC